AUGCAGAAACAAAAAAGACACAUUCCACUCUUCCUUGACAAUGCACCAGUUCAUUCUCCAGAUGUACAAUUAGAAAAUAUCAAGUUAAAAAUCUUUCCACCAAACACGACAGCAAAGAUUCAACCGAUGGAUCAAGGAGUUAUUCGAGCAUUCAAAGUUUAUUACCGACAUCAUCUAGUCAAGCAUAUAAUCACCAGUGUUGGCGCAUGUGAAGCAGUGUCAGAAACAACAAUAAGGAACACAUUCAAAUCAGCCGGUUUUGAAAAGAUUUCUGUUAUCGAUGGAAUCGAUGCAUCACAACAAAUUUCAAUAACAGAUGAAAUUAUUUCUGCAGAAGAUAAAUCAAUUGAAGAAUUAGAUCGAGUAUUGAGACAUUUAACCAUCAGUGGAAAACCAAUGUCUGGCUAUGAUAUUAUGUGUAUUGAUGAUAAUGCUCCAUCAUUUAACGAAUGGAAUGAUUCGAAUAAUAAAUUAUUAGUAAUUAGCGGAAUUAUCAAUGAUGAUGGGGAUAGUAAUGAAGAUCAACUGAAUGACGAUGUUCCAAGUGAAGAUCCACCUUCCUUAUCUGAAUGUUAA